AUGUGGAUAUUCCUCCUUGUGGCAGCUGGAUCCCUAGUGGUCCUCAUAACAUCGAUAUUCCCAACCUUUCCUUUUGAGUGUCGGAGGGUUUAUGGUCACGCAGAAGUUUCCGUUUUGGAAAUAUGUGUUUUACUGCAUCGAUUACCAGGUAUCCUGAUGCACUUCUUUCAGAAGCUUAUUUUGUUGUCAGGAUAA